AUGAGGAGUUUUGAAGAAUCUGUUUACGGACACUAUCUGAGUUUUGGAGAUGAGGCAAUAAAUUCAGAGGAGCUCGACAAGACAGACAAUCCUUUUUCCGACGAGGAGGAGGGAAGACUGAGCCCGGUCAGAGAGAGAAGUGUCGGGGAUGUGGAGAAAGAGCUGUCACAGUUUCGUAUGUGGUACAAGCUCGAUACAAACAGCAUCCCGCCAAAGUACCACCUGCUUCCUAUCAGCACACAUCAUCCUGACAUUUUAAGUGUGGACAGGAAACAUCAGAAACUGGCCAAAAGCGCCUGGAUGGGCACCUUACAGAGACUGUGGAAGGUGCUGUACUACAGAGGAGCUGAGGCCAUAGGAAAAGAACAGACAUCUAUACUACUUAGAACAGUUCUAGACUGGGAGGUGGAGGAGGGGAUUCGGUCUGUGGGCCAAGCUCCACCAGAAGAGCGCUGCCACUGCUACAAAAGAAUAAUUCCAGAUUUAUAUUACAACCUGAAGAACAAGCACGCUGCUCUGUAUGUGGACCUGCUGCGAGGACAGACCGAGAUAGACCCAGUCCUCAGUAUAGAGCAUCAGCAAUGUGUGGACAGGAUUCACAAGAAAUUGCGUCGCACCAACAUCUACGAGCGUAAAGUGGCCUGGGGAAGGACAGGACUGGACCCCAAACAAAAUCGCUCGCACAACUUUUACACAGAGCGCAUCUGCUCCCAUGUUCAACGCACUGUCCUCAGCUCCAUCAACAAAUUUGCAAAGAGAAGAGAAAUGCAUGGAACAUUUGAAAAGAUGAGGAGAGAAGCGAUACGAGCACAGAUACAAGAGGAGAUACAGCGUCACAAACAGCACAGUCUAAAUCUAGCAAAGAACUUUAUUUUAAGACAAGCCUUUCUGGAAGAUGUAGAAAAAGCUUUGAAGCAGUCAUCUUCCAGGCAAAUUCUUCUGUCGGGACCACCCGGCUGUGGGAAGACCACUGUCAUGGCCGCCAUUGCUCAGAAAGCUCCAAAGUGGAUUUCAGGAACUGUUACAGUUUUGGUGGCCUUUAUUGGUUUUUCUGGAGAAAGCAGAAAUAUCCGUUUGGUUGUACAAAAUCUGUGCGUCCAACUGGCUGAAAUUUACUGUCCUCACACACAACUAUCAGAAGGCCUUCCUCAACUUGUGAAUGAAUUCCACUCCCUGCUGGCCUUGGUGGACUCAGACAGACCCGCGGUGGUGCUGCUGGAUGGGCUCGAUGAACUGUCAGAUGAACACGGCCCACACCUCUCCUGGAUUUUAACAGCUCUCCCAGAAAAUGUUUACCUCAUUCUCUCAGCGACCACCAAUUCAACCUGCACUCAAAUCUUACUGUCUGGACAGUUCACACUCCUGUCCAUUCCUCCGCUGAGCACAGAUGACAUCUCUACAGCAUUAGAGUCUAAACUUAACCAAGACCAAAGGCGUCUGAGGCCGGACCAGUGGAAGGCCCUAGUGCAGGCUUGUGAGUCCUGCCCCUGUCCUCUAUACCUGCAAACUGCCUACAGCGAGAGCUUACACUGGACGUCCUACACAUCCCAGUCCAGUCUGAAGCUGCCUGCCACCCUCCAGGGCUUGUACCUAAACAUGUUGUCCCGUAUGGAGAGGGACAUUGGAAAACAGCUGGUCAGACGGGCGGCAAUGCUUGUGUCCAUUUCUCGACAUGGAGUGACUGAAGAGGAAAUACUUCACCUACUUUCCAAAGACGGAAAAGUCCUCCAGGAAGUGUCUUCAGCUCACAGCUCUCCUCUCGUCUGUAAAUUGCCUUAUAUCCUGUGGGCGCGUCUGAAACAGGAGCUGGGCCUUCACCUGACAGAAGUGAGGACAGACGACACGUGGGUUUACCGCUGGACUCACGCUGAACUGCGCCGAGUUUGUUUACAACGCUACUUCAGGAAUGAGGAGUCCUGUAUGGCCGUACAUGCAGACUAUGCUGAUUACUACAGAGACAAAUCUCCAAACGCUCACAUAUUCCAGGCUACCGCGUGGGUCCUUGAGGAAACCAAGGGAGAUGAAAAGAUUAAAAGUUACAGGUUUAAUUUGAGGAAGCUGCGAGGGCUUCCCUUCCACCUGGUCCACUCCGGGCAGAUUAUACCCUUCUUAGUGGAGUGUAUUUUUAACUAUGAGUUCCUCCUGCAUAAGGCCUGGGGGUCGUCUGUUCUGGAAAUAGAGGAGGACCUGAAAAAGGCAGUGCUACCAGAUAAGGAAGUGGCAGAUGUGGUGGUGCUGUCAGGUGCUCUGGGCCUGUCCCGUUCAGUGCUUCUCCAGGACCCCUGUCAGCUUGCCUCACAGCUCAUGGGUCGCCUGGGGAAAAUGGUCAUGGAGGACCGGCCUGUUGCAAAGGGUGAUCCUCUGAAGUUCCGGUACCUCCACGCUUUACUGGAUCAGUGCUCCCACUCAUGUCUGCCUGUUCUGCUGCCCUCCGCCACCUGUCUGCUGCCCCCUGGAGGUCCUCUGAGCUGUGUGACUGCACUUGGAGGUUCUCAGCAGAGUCCCACUGCAGUGACCUGUGAGCUGGAUGGAAGCAUCAGGUUCUGGGACCUGGAGCAGAGGAGAACCACCGGUCACUUGGAUCCAGCAGGAGCAUUUGUGGCAGAUUCUCUCCAUCUUGGUUUGAAUGACACAAUGCUUAUCAUCCGCAUGGGCCAAGCUUUACAGGUACGUGAGGUUGAAUCUGGGCGUGUGGUGUAUUCAGACAGUGGAUCAGUGGACGUCCCGAUUGUGACCACAGCUUUGAAUGGACAGCUCCUUGUGUUGUUUUAUGAUGGGACUCCCCGAGUGAAGGUGUUUGAUUUGGCUGCAUCCUGUUCUCUAUUGCACUCGAUCAACAUUUCUCUGCAUUCUGAACCUAUCCACAGAAAUGGCUCAAUUCUCCUGUCCAGCAACUCCAUCAAAGACUACGUCCUUUUUGCCUACAGAUCUGGCUGUGAAGCAGGUGUGUUCAGUGCUAAAGAGGGCACGGUGCUUAAAGUGCUGUUUGCUCAACACGCUGCUGCCUCCAUCCAGGCUGUGGACAUGACUGAGGACUACCUGCUGCUCUUCUGCAGAUAUCCGUACAGGCAAGAUCGUCAAAUCAUUCACAUUGAACUCUUCAGUGCCGAGUCCUUCCAGUAUGAGAGAUCGAUCCUGGGCUGUGGUCAGGACUUCAUAUCCCAGGUCACAGUGAACCAUGCAGGAACUCACGUCGUGGCCUUCUGCUCCUCUCAGCGGACGGGCGUCACUGGCCUGAUCACCUGGAACCUGGAGACAGAGGACCACAAACACAUCACACAGUUCCCAGGAAUACUCAAUAAAGGGCUGUGUUUUGAUCUGCACCUCUGCCUGGGAGUCUGCUUUGGAGAGAGAUAUGUGCGUCUGUGGGAUCUCUCCACCAGGAUUACAGACCAGACUCUGACUUACAACGUCCACAAGAGCCGGAGUGAUGGCACCAAAGAGCUCAUCGCAAUGGGCAAGCAACCUCGGUAUGCAGUAUGUUUCUCUGAGCGACCUGGGACAGUGUUUGUGUGGAACUUGGGCAGGCAGCGUUUCAGGUGUCGGCCUGUGCGAGCGCAGCACGGACUCUUCAGCAGCACAGACGUGGUCCUAGUGCAUCAACUCAAACUCUACAUACUGACCAACAGGAGCUCCGCCAGCAGAACACAAGCACCACCGUGCUUUCAGACUCUGCUGGUGUUUGACCUGAUCAAGCGGAGCUACGUGAGAAGACAGACUGGGCUGGCAAUUAUCCCCUGUCCUCAGCACGAGUACCGGCUUCUGGAAAAUGGAGCAACACUUCUGGGCCUCUCAGAGACAAGAGAUUAUUUAAUCUUGUGGGAUCUGGAUUCUGGUUCCAUCAAACAUCGAAUGGACAGUAGAAUAUUCAAAGACCUGCCACCUCCUCUAACAACAGAAACACAAUUAUUACUGCGGUGGGAUAUUCAACCAGAAAACCAAGCAGCACAGAUAAAGCAGGAAGAUAAAACAAAGCUUGAAAGAGAAAAACACAAAGCCAUUGACCAGUAUUUGAUCAGUGGAGAUGAACAGGUGGUGGUUUGCUCCUAUUUUAGUUUAGUUUAUCAACUGGAUGUCUUCCACCUCACCUCCCAAGAGCAUCUUCACACUUUGGAGGACAAAAAUUCCCUUCUUAAUCUCCGUACAGCGGCUUUAACACACAGCGGUGACCAUUUAGUCCUGACCAACUACAACCAGGAAGAUCACUGCCCUGGUCUCACACUGUGGGACCUUCAAAGUGGAAAAGUGGAUCAAGAACUGCGGGAUGAAGCUGGAGUUUGUUGCGUAGCGCUCACCGAUGAUGCCAGAAGGGUCGUCUUUGGAGCGACAGGAAGUAACAAGCUUAAAGUGUGGGAGCCUUUCACUAGAAAUUGUAAAAGCAUUUGUGGCUAUGAGGGCCUGACGAUAGAAGCCUCCAGUGCACUUUACAUGACUGAAAGAGGAACCAAAGCCCUGUUACUGUCAGGAAACUUGAGUCUGUGGGACGUGGAACAGGGCCACUUCCUCUCCACUCUGUCUCUGGACUCCACUGUCAGCUGUGUGAGGCCUCUCAGUAGGAGCCAGGUGAGGGUCCUGCUGGGCCUGAGCCACAGCCCGGCCCUCGUCACCGUCACUUACACCUCUGGAAGCACCCGCGCCACCCACUGGGGAUCUCGAGCUGAUGACCUCUUUCAAGAGUCCAGCAGCAGUGAAGAAGAGGGAACCUCUUAGCUUUCAUCAUCUAUCUAUCCAACACAGUGUGAGGAGUGCUCCUUCACGUUCACACGCAGUUGAAGCUGAUCUCAGUGCGUCUCUGAGUUCUGGUCCCCUGUGAAACAAAUAUUUACACCUGCGCAAAUAUGAAGACUAC